CGAGCUACCGUCACUGCAGGUGCACGCCGCGCCCUCAGCCUACCAGGAUCUGCAACGUGUGCUCCAGCGGGCUGGCGCCCGUGACCGCGGGCCGGCGCCAUGCCCGUCAUGUACAGCUUCUGCUUCUGGUUCUCCGUCCGGCUGGGCUCCAUCAUCGUAGGCGCCGUGUCGCUGGUGCAGGCGCUGGUGGUGCUUGGGCUGGCUGGUGAUGGCUACAACCACCCGCAGCGCGUCAGGGACCGCUUCUCCCACUGGCUGGACACCUACAAACUGAGGUCACUCAAGAACGCGGUUGCUGCCAUCCGAGACGAUCCGGAAUCGUUUUUGCUUAGUCUCAUCAUUCUGUACACAGCGUACGCCCUUUCGUGUUUGGGCCUAAUUUACGGUGCCUACAAGUGUAACCUGAAACUGAUGUACCCGUUCGUGGCGCUGGAUUUGGGACGGCUGGUGUCCAUGUCCGUGGUCUUCGUGAUGGCGAUGACGGUGCUCAAGGCGAACGUCUACAACUUGGGCAUCCUCAUUGGUUGCAGUGUCGCGGGCGGCUUCAUGCUGCUGUACCUCUUCUACCUGUGGUUCUGCACAGUCAGCAUGUGCCAGGUGGUGCGUGACCUGGAGCAUGCACGUGCUGAAGAGUCUACUCUACAACUGCAGAAGCAGCCGCUCUCUGGGCCAUACAGCAAGUAUGCAUCUACUGGUAUUGGCAUAUAUGGGGACAGCUAUGGUGCUUUUGCCAGACCUGUCUACUAAAACGACUGCUUCUCCAUUUUCCAGAAGCCAACACAAGACAUAUAUUGAGAAAUAGUCCUUUCAUAAUGUUGCCAAUGUUAAUGCUGAGCUUCAAUUCAGAUGAAGAUGGUCAGGUUGGUAAAUUAAGAAAGAUGUUUCUAAGUGUACAAAAUAGUUUUAUAUAUGUAAUUACUUCGUUUUAGUUUUGUAGCAGCAGAUGUACAAUGAAGAGUUUAUAAUAAAUUUCCACGAAAGAUAAACUAAAUUAAGUGUGAUAGUUUGAACUACAAGUACAUUCUGUCCUUGUACAACAAAAUGUAUCAAAGUUUACCACUGUUGUAGCCUUAGAUGAGAUUUUAGAACAUUUUUUUUUCCCAAACAUAUAGAUGAAGAACUUUAUGGUUAUAUGUAAAUCCUGUACAGAAAUUUCGGUUCCUAUUGAUGUAAACACUUGGUGGGGCAUUAAUAUUAAAGUUGUAUCAUAUCUGGCUCUCUAUUGGAUUUUAAAUUUGUAAAGAAGCUAGAGAGCUUCUUCAGAAAAUAGCUAUAUAAUUUGUGUUCACUAAAAGUAUCUGUAAUAACACUUACACCUGUUUUCAUACUGAUAAUGUGUUUAUGGGUCUUAAAAUGCAGCAGUCAGUAUUUAGUUCAUCAUUGACAUACUCAUCAUACUUCAUACAUUUAAUCUCAGUAUGCAGCCAUACUCUGAAAUAUUUUGUUUCUAGGCCUCUUCCUGCUGGUUGAUUGUUACAAAACAAUGUGGCUUUAGAACUUUUUAUGAAAAUAUUGUAUGUUUAUUCAGAUAUGCUUGUGUUUGUUAUUAACAUUUAUGUUCAGAUUUUCAAUUCCUCCGUGACCGAUUACAGGCUAUUGUGUAGCCUUUCGUGUCUCCCAGUUAUGUAGAAUUCAUUAACAAAUCAUGACUACACUUUACAAUAUUGAGGCUAUCCUUACUUAGUCAUAGUUCAUUAAGGCACAGGAGGUAAUGAAUAUGACCCAUGACGCACUGGUAGAAGUGAAACUGUCAGGACAUCAUGUGGGUAAUGCAAUGUCAGCUCAGUGAGUAGUGCAAAGGCAAAAGAUCCUGAGUUUGAGUCUCAGUCCACCUCACAGUUUUGAUCUGCCAGGACGGUUCACAUUAGCACACAGUCUGCUGCAGAGGAAAAAGCUCAUUCUGGAAUCUGACUCAUUACCACAUCAUGAUUGCUUACAACAUUUGACAGUACUUCCUUGAUAGGAUUUUGUUGGUUCCUUUGCAUGUAUGAUGUGUGAACCUCAUUCCCAUAACUUUUUUCUGCUUUGAAGGAAUGAAUUAGUACAGGUGUAUGAAAAGCUUCUUACACCAUAAUGUUAUAAUACUGUAGUGAGAAACUGUAUGAUCAUUAUUUUUAAAAAAGUAUCUAA